UCCAGCGCAGAUGGGCGCAAAGCAAACAAUUCUUUUGCCAAUACUUUUUAAUGUGAAACUUGUCAUUUACAAAAUGUGCUGCAAAAUCGACAAUGCGAGGAUCUGUGCAAGCGCAGUCAAAGCUCCAAGUAUUCAAUAGUCACUCGAAAAGUCCAAAGGCGUUCGCACAGAGCGGGUACCUCCAACCUAUUUGCGAGUUCAUAUCGUUGGGCGUCCAUUCAAAUGUUCUCAGUACCCGAACUUCAUAAUCACAGAGGAUAUCAUUCAGAAGAAAUUAUCCGAAGGAAUUUCCCCGCGUGGAAACGUUGUAUAAUCUCUCUUUUGAUGAACAGCCCUACAAAUGCGUCCAUUGCCCAAGGAGUUUUAAAUUCGGGGCAGUCGUGUGAGUACUCACAAUAGAACAGACAAGCCAUCCGCCAAACACCUGAAAAUUGAAUAAUUUUUUAGUCAUUUGCAUGAUGACAACCCUACAAUAUCGAUACGCUUUUUAUCGAUAGCUGCACACUACAAUCGCAUGCGGUUGCUUUUAGUAAAAAUAUACAUAGUUAUUUAAUACAGUUUUGCGUACAAAAAAUGUUUCGACGCUUAUCCCUAAUUGGCAUUCAAAAUGUUAAGAUACAAUUUAAUCAAUGUGACAUUCGCGGCAUGGCCGGCCAUUCAAAAUGGGCGAAUAUAAAACAUACAAUAAAGGCCCAAAAAGACGGACAGCGAGCAGCGUUGUUCACAAAGAUUUCCAGGCAAAUUCGUUUAGCAGUUCAAGAGGGCAAAUCGGCGGAUCCGGCUGUUAACUCUCUACUGCGGUCGGAAAUAGAUCAUGCUCUAAAGAAAAACAUGCCUAUUGGAACCAUACAAAACACAAUCAAGAAGUGCCAGGGUAACAAGGCGCAGUUGAGGAAACAUCGACUGGAUAUACGAUUCAAGAGAAACGUAUACUUAAUAUGCAGCAUUUAUACCGACAAUAUUGCCCAAGUUAAGAUGGACUCAACGGCAAUGAUCAAGAAAUCUGGCGGUGUUCUCGUUGAUGUUGGUCAUAUGUUUGAAGAUUUUGGGCUCAUUGAGACAAGAUAUGAUAGUUCAACUACCGAAAACCUGGAGGAAAAGGCCACUGAGGACGCUAUUCAAUUUGGUGCCGAGGAAAUUGAAGUUGUUGAUGCCAAGUCUGGAUUAGUUAAUUUCAUCUGUACUCCAGCUCAUCUAACUGGACUCAGCAAAACGUUGUCUCAGAAUGGUUAUUCUAUUGAAAAUAGCGAACAUAUGUUCACACCAAAUAACCUCAUACAAUUGACAGUGGAUGAUCAAAAGGCAUAUGAUGUAUUCCUGCAAAAGCUAAGAGAUGUGCCGGGCAUGGAGGAUAUAUACGACAAUGUGGAGUAAUGAUUGAUGGCUAAAUUCAAAUACAUUGUUGUUUAUUGUACAUACAUAAUUGCUAUAAUUCAAAUUACAUGUGUUGAGAAGUGAUGAUGCCUGUAUAAUAAAUUUUAAAACUAUUUCAA